AUGCCCAGGAAGGCUAGGAGAUCUGGAGUGAAGUUCAUUGAAGAUGAAAGAAACCGUAGUCUAACUUUCUUCAAGCGACGCUCUGGGCUUUUCAAGGCUGUGUCUGACCUCUCCGCCCUUACAGGUGCUAGGGUUGUUAUGGUGUUGGAGUGCGAAAAUGAGAGGUUUUCCUCUUUCGGCACUCCAAAGGCUGACCCAAUUGUUGAUGCUUUCCUUUCCGGUGAUGCACCAACAGAGUCCGACACCAGCGAAGAACAAAAGGCAGUAAUCAUUAACUUGCAGAACGAGUUGUUCCAGCUAGAGAAAGACAAGGCCAUGGAGGACAAGUGGAAGAAGGAGAACAUGCUGCGGGCUAAGGAAAUUCAAGGGACCUCAAGGAAGGCCAAGUAUGUUUAUGGUAAGGUAGAGGAUCUUGAUGCCACUGAGCUCUAUGAGAUGUACCAUGAGCUCUCACGGAUCAAGCAAGAGAUCAGUGAUCGCUUGCCUUGGUUCCGUUCGAUGCCUUCAAAUGUUGCGACUCUACCUAUGUAUUUUCCAUAUGCUCCCUCACAAAUAUCCUUCCAGUAG